AUGGCUGAUGGCACUUUGCGUUUGGGAAAUGCUUUAGUGCUUGGAGAGUUCUGCGAGGUGCAUGGACCAGUUGUACGAUUAUUACUAUUUCAGCACCCCGUUUAUGGUCAUCCUGAAAUACUUAACAGUAAUCAAUGGUCAGCAACUCUCACAGAAAUGUUGGAAGAGCUUAUGACUCUCAGUAUCUGCGGAGAUUAUACCAUAAAAGAAGGUUCUACAGAUACAGUAACAACACAUGUAAUGCGUUUUGUACUGGACAAUAUUAGGUGGGAUUCCACAACAGCCUUUGCUCAUGUAGCAAGAAUAAAUUUACCUGAUGCCUUUGCCCGAGGUCAGCAACGGGCGGUUUGUGUUAUUUUUGUUAACUUGUCACCACAUAUAUCGAUGUCUCUUUCUCGUUGGAUUGGGGACUGUUGUGAAAUGAUUCUACAUCGUUUGGCUCAUGGUGCACAACUCUGCGUUUAUAAUGAUAUUCAACGCUGUAAGAAAGCGUAUGCUUUACUCAGUGUCGCAUCUGAGAGUGAGGGAUUGCUCCCUCAAGAGACCUUGAACCUUCUACAACAUGAACUGCAAGUACUUAUGUGUAUGAAUAGACAUGGUGAAACUAGUCUACAAGCUCUCUCUCAGACUCAUUGUAAUAGUAUUGAAAUGACCUCUAUAGAAGCUAUUCAUAUUGCACACGAUUUAGUAACCCGUAGGGGAACUGUUCCACUCCGUCCUCUAUCAUUUGUAUGUGGAACACAUUAUGAUGAAAGUUUGAUGGACAUGAAAAGGUUACUCUUAUACUUUUCACUUGACAUGACGUGGAUGAUGGAAGGAGCACUAGGAAGGAUGCCUAGCAUUUUUUCAAUUUUUCAUUCCUCCUUUGCCGAAGCAGAGAAGCAUAACAUCAAGAAGGAGAAUGCUAUAUCGCCACUUGAAUUCGUUUUUAAUGUUGGUGAGUGGGGUGUUUUGCGGCCACUUCUACCGACAGAUGCUUGUGGUGGAUUUUUACCUCACACCUGGACCCCACCAGGCACCGAUUUCACCGCAAUUAACGACCGCAAAUUAUAUAGUGUACUAAAAGGAUAUGGUGCCCAACACAUUGUUAACGUUGCAUAUAACGGAUUGCGAUGUAAAAGAAUAAUUGUUUGUGGAUACGAUGAAUGUGCUGUAGUUCACGCUAUGAAAGUAGCAUGUUUGUUUAUUCCUGGGCUUUUGCAGUGUGGUGAAGACACACUUCGUCUUGGUAUUCAACCACUUAGUUCUGAAGAGCCAAUCUCCGCUUCUGACCUGCAUCACUUUGCUGUAGUAGGUUGUCAUGUGAAUGCUGCUAUUCGAAACAAUGAACCCUUCUUUCCACAACAUUGUACAUGGUACGUACGGUAUAAGGCUAAUGAUAUUUAUAGAUAUCGUACGGUAAAUGUAUUUGGGGAGCCAUACAAUUCACAUCUUUAUAACAGACCGAAUCGUAGACAACCCUUUUCACUAUCAUUACAGUCAUCACGAUCUUCACCAUUCUCAUCAUCAUCAUCAUCAUCAUUACUCAUGUCACCACCACCAACAGGACAAUCAUUACCAUCAUCCUCCACAGUACCUAUUGUAGAAGACGGAAGAACUGGUGUGCUUGCAGAACUUUUAAGUGUAUUGCGUCAAAAAGCUUCCACAUCUGAGGAUGAGGUGGUCUUUUCAGAUCACAUUCGUGUGGUUCUAAAACAUCUACAGUUUGAGUACUGCUCUCUCGCUUCACUUGUUCUUCAUAGUCUCUUGAGUCGCAGCUGCCGUCAUGGACUAGUAGACACACUGCAACAGGACAAUAAGAAUAAGAAUACAUUGCCAUACUUUAGUAGUAGGACUCUUGUAGUACCUGAGUAUACCUGUCCGUAUGUGUGGACAGAGGAGGAUACAGAAGAGGUACUUCAUACUUUGUUUGGUGUGACUAUUGCUACUCGCAGUGACCUCACUAUUGUCACGGAAAUUGUGAAGCGUAUGUCUAUCAUCACGGCACAGCAGUGCUCCUCCAGUAUGCCGAAGGAGGUAUGA